AUGAAGCUCAACAUCUUUGCAAUGGCUCUCGUCAUCCCUUGCUUCAUGUUCAACGCGACAGCGGAAGAUCUCAAGCCUAUACCAGUAGCACUAGAUCUCAAGCCAAAACCCGCAGCAGUACCGAGUAGCCAAUUUCGCCUUUAUGACGAUGGUAUCACCUACAUCAACCUGAAAGACACGGCGCAAUGUUACGGGCUUCCCAUUCCGGACAAGAAUAGCAAUCCUUUGGCCGACUUCUACAUCUACACGUGCCCGGGGUACAAUGGAGUAACCUGCUGGGUCAACUGGGGCGAGGAUAGCAAAGGCCAAGUUACGUUGACUCCGUAUUGGGACCCACGCCUGGAUUGCAGAUGCGUGCCGACAGAUGGAGGGCUCAGACGCAACCGGAGAACGGCGAGGGCGCUGCGCAAACGGUGUACGCCCUCCUGUCAUGUUCUGGGGUGCCUCGUCUACAUGAAGGGAAAGCGGCACUGA